AUGGCAGUCCUGCAGACUUAGGUGCUCAGUUCAUUCACGGCAGAACUGGGAAUCCUGUGUAUGAGAUUGCAGCCAAGUUGAAGAGAAUUCCCUUUGCGGUGUCUAUCAACCCAAGGGAGGAAUCUUUGACCAACCCUGGCAACAUCUUUUACACUUCUUCUGGGCACAAGAUUCAAAGGGAUGAAGUGAAUGAUCUAAUUCCUUUACUUGAUGAAGUUGUGGAAGAGGAGCCUACAGAUGGAAAUGGUAAAUCAGUGCAGGAAGCUCUCGAAAGUGUCUACUCCAAAUUUCUCUCUGACAACGAAGGAAAGAUAAAUCCUGCCAAGAAGGAAGUCUAUGAAGCUGCCUACAGAUGGUUCAGCAAGUACAUCCAAGUAGACAACGCCACCGAUGACCUCAGCCUGUUAUCUUGUGAUUCCGAGUAUGUCGUCUUGCCUGGAGAUCGCUUCACGGAUGUGGACAACGGGAUGUCGGGUCUGGUGGCCACUCUGGCAGAACAGCUGCCCCCAGGAGUUGUCCAGCUGAAUACACCAGUCUCUCGCAUUGACUGGACUGGUGAAGAAACUGACAAUCCAAUACAGUCAUCUGGAUCCAAACCCGUACGUGUCACUUGUGAGAAUGGAAACACUAUAGAGGCAGACCAUGUGAUUGUCACCAUCAGCAUCGGUUGUCUGAAGGCCACACACAAGACUCUUUUUCAGCCGUUGUUACCCGUGCCAGUACAGGAGGCUGUAGAACACACUGGCUUUGGAUUAAUCGGAAAGAUUUUUCUGCAGUUUGAGGAAGCUUUUUGGGAAGACUACAGAGAGUCAACGCAAGACAACUACUUUGAGUCAUACGAGUUGCUCUGGCUGGAUUCUCAUUUACCGACCAUCCAAAGUGACAAAAGUAAAAGGAAAACCAAGAGUGGUCACCCAUGGUGGUAUGGCUUUCAUAGUGUGGAGACGAUGUACAGCCACCCUAAGGUCCUGGAGAUGUGGCUGACCACAGAGCAGACUGAACUGAGUGACGACCUCUCAGAUGAAGAGGUCAUGGCCGUGUGUACAGAUGUGCUGCGGGCAUUCAUCAAAGAUUUUCCAGUUCCUGAUCCACUGGCAAUAUACAGAACGAAAUGGUUCAACAAUCCCUACAUCAGAGGCACUUACUCAUACGCCAGCACUCAGUUCAGGAAACAAGAUAAAAAACACUUUGGCCGCCCAGUACCCUCUUAUCAAGAUCCACAAGUGCUCUUCGCUGGUGAGGCGUACAGCAAAGAGUUCCAGUCCACUUUCCAUGGUGCACUGAUCUCAGGGGACAAUACUGCUGACUUGCUACUCUCAAAACAUGGACUUAAACCUCAGACAAAGCUGAUAGACUUGGUUUCACCGUGAUAUUGUUGAUGUUCCGACACAAUCACUGUUAACGCUUUGCACAUACAAUUAUUUUAUCACUUAUACAUAAUAUGUAAACUGAUGGCGUAGUGUGCAGUUUGUGAUGUGGAAAAAGUCCGGUCAAAACUGGGUCUGUGCCUUGAGCAGACUAAUUGCAGUCAUUUUGUACAGCGUAAUUUGAUAUUACAAUUUUUUAUUGUCCUGCAGGUUUUCUCACUGAUGCAAUUCCUGUUUAUUCAAUUACAGUUUAUUAUAUAUAUUUAUGCAGAGUUAUUUCCCUCUGUGGACGGAGGUUAUGACCUCUCAGUCAGACUGGGGCUUGGGCCAGAUUGAAACUUACUGAUUCACGACAUUCCUCAUCCGCUGGACUACCAUAGAGUCAUAAAACUGUGUAAAUAUGCAUCCACAAAUUUUCAACUUCAACAAAUUUUCACUGCCUGAGUCAUGAAAAGGUGUGAAAUUUUAAACAUAUUUUGUAUUUUUUCAAAACUUUGAUAAAAGUAGGUACCGCAGGCGAGCCGUUUUCAAG